AUGCCGAAAGAGUUUAUGGAAGAGACGAAGUAUACUCAUUGGAAGGCGGCAAAAAGGAUCUUAAGAUAUGUUCAAGGAACAAUCUCGCAAGGACUUCAUUAUUCGAAGUCGGACAAGUACAAGCUGGUGGGCUACUCAGAUAGUGAUUGGGGUGGAAAUGUGGAUGAUAGGAAGAGUACGGCUGGCUAUGUGUUCUUCAUGGGAAACACGGCUUUCAUGUGGGUGUCAAAGAAGGAACCCAUUGUGACUUUAUCUACAUGCGAAGCCGAGUACGUUGCUGCUUCCUGGUGUGUUUGUCAUGCAAUUUGGCUGAGAAAUCUAUUGAGCAAGCUGGAGCAAGAGCAAGUCGGUCCAACAGAGAUCCGAGUUGCCAACAAAUCAGCGAUCGAGUUAGCAAAGAACCCGGUCAACCAUGAAAGAAGUAAGCAUAUUGAUGUCAAAUUCCAUUUCAUCCGGGAUCAGGUCAAAGAAGGAAAGGUGGAGCUCAAUCAUGUUGCAAGCCGAGAUCAAGUUGGAGACAUUUUUACAAAACCCCUGACGACGUUGUUGUUUGAGAAUUGCAAGAAGAAGAUGGGAAUGAAGGACGGUAGAGAUAUUAAAGUUUAA